AUCUUCGAUCACAACUCAAAUUCCUUCCGACUUUUGGCCUUGCGAUUGCCUUUUGACAUUGACCGCUUCGCUGUCUGCGGGUCUCUCUGUGUGCCUCUCAUCAGGUCGUGAGACAUCCCAUCGUGAACGCCCACAAUGCCGCCCAAGCGCAUGACGGCCAACCCGGUGCGGCCUGCGCGCCACCGCGCCGGCAAGCCGACAGGCGCCUCAUCAGACUCGUCCGACUCAGACUCCGACAACGACACCACGACGACCACCGCACAGGCGCAGCAGAAGAAGCCCGUCGCGCCCCCCCCAAGGCCCCCUCCGCGGGCAAAAUCGUCAGCAGUCUCGGCAAAGUCGACCUCAACGAGCGCAGGCGGCAGCUCGAUGCGGAAGCCGAGGAGCGGCGCGCAGCGGCGCGCAAGCUAGAGCGCGACGCCGCGGAGGCUGGGUUCGUGACCGAGUCGGAGAAGAGCUCGGACGAGAAAGACGGGGAUGACGACGAAGAUG